AUGGCGAUCGGCGAUGAAGCCGCCGGUGGAAUGUUGCAGCCAUCACAGCUGCUGCUGGUGGCCUGCCUGCUGCUUAUGCUGUUGCACUUGGAAAAUGCCACCGCCAAGCCGCCCACCAAGGAGCUGCCUCGCCCGCUGAUUCUGCUGGAGGAGAAGGAGCCGGAGCAGGAGCAGGAUUUCAAGAUGACAUUCCAGGGGCAGCGAAAUGGACGCUCGCACCGUCCCACAUUGAUGGAUGUGGCCCUGCAGCAAAGCGUGCGCCAGGGAUUGGAUGCCAUGGCCGAGCUGUACGGUCGCAUUCAGCCGGAGAUGCUGCGCAAUGGUCAAACCCUGCAGGACAAUCAUCCAGCCGCGAUGCUUUCCCGCUUCAAUGCCCCAACCACGGACUCGGAGCGCCGGGAGAUGGCCGCCUAUGCCACCAUAGCAGCAGCCAAGGCCUUUCGGAAAAACUUCCAGCACAUCGAUGAACUGGCCCGCCAGUCGCACGCGCAGCGCAUCUCCCUGCGGCGCACCGCCUUGGAAGGACUGUGUCCGCCGCGGGAUCCACCGCCCUGCAUGCCCGCCUCGGAGCGGUAUCGCACCCACGAUGGCACCUGUAACAACAAACGCCGGCCUAGGUGGGGCGCCGCCCAGAUGCCCUUCAAUCGGUUCCUCCCGCCGGAGUAUGGAGAUGGCGUGGACACUGUGAGAAGUUCCGCCGAUGGCAGCACCUUAUCCUCGUCCAGAUUUGUGAGUUUGCUGGUCCAUGGAGCGAGGGAAGGCGAGGCACCGCUUACCCUGAUGAUAGCCCAGUGGGGGCAGCUGCUGGACCAUGACAUGACCUCAACGGCACAGCCACGCUCCAUCAAUGGCUCCAUUCCCAGUUGCUGUGGUGGCAAGGACUUUCAUCCAGCCUGCUUCCCUAUCAAAGUGCCCCUAGACGAUCCCUGGCUGGCACCACUCAAAGUGCGCUGCCUGGAAUUCCUGCGCUCGGCUCCGGCCCAGCGGCGGGAUUGUGUGUUGUCCUGGCGGGAGCAAACCAACCAGGUUACCUCCUACAUCGACGCCUCGCCCAUUUACUCAAACAGUGCCAAGACCUCAGACAAUGCGAGGGUUUUCCGUCAUGGACUGCUCAUCUAUGGCCGUGGAGAUCCCGCCGAAGAUGUGUGCCAGCGGGGUGCCAUAGCUACCAAGUGCAUAAGGUCCGGAGAUGGGCGAAGUGGAGAGCAGCCUGGUCUGCUGGCCAUGCACCAUGUCUGGGUGGGCGAACACAACCGCAUAGCCCUUGAGCUGAGCGAGCUGAAUCCGCACUGGAGCGAUGAAAAGGUGUACCAGGAGACGCGUCGCAUUGUGGGUGCCAUGUUCCAGCACAUAACCUUCCGCGAGUUCCUGCCCGUCAUUCUGGGCCGGGAGGUGGCCAAGCUGUUCGACCUAGACCUGCUGCCGUCGGGCUACUACGAACGUUACAGUUCAAAGGUUAAUCCCACGGUGGCCAAUGCCUUUGCUGCGGCGGCCUUCCGCUUUGGCCACUCGCUGGUCCAGAAUUCCUACACGAGAUGCGAUCGUCAUCACAAUGUGAUCAACAACAAUGUCAGCCUGCAUGAGGAGUUCCAACGCGGCGACAUUGGCUCGGCGGGCUCACUGCAUCGUCUCUUGCGUGGCUUGGCCUCCCAGCGUGCUCUCAAAAGGGAUGAGUUCAUCACACCCGAGCUGACCAAUCACCUCUUCCAGACACCGGGCUUUCCCUUUGGCUUGGACCUGGCUGCCAUUAACAUUCAGAGGGGACGGGAUCAUGGGAUUGCCCCUUACAGCGCUUGGAGGGUGCCCUGUGGCCUCAGCCCCAUCCACAGCUGGGAUGACUUUGCUAAUGUGGUGGGUCCGGAGUCCGCCAAGCGCAUAGGCCACGCCUAUCGCAGCGUCCACGACAUCGAUCUCUUUGUAGGCGGCAUCGCAGAGCGUCCUGUGGUGGGCGGCCUGGUGGGUCCCACCUUUGCCUGCAUCAUUGCCCAGCAGUUUAGCAAUGCCCGGCGGGGAGAUCGUUUCUGGUACGAGAACGGUGGCUUCGAGAGCUCCUUCACGCCCGCCCAGCUGCACUCCCUGCGUCGUGUGUCCCUGGCUCAGGUCCUCUGCCGUACAGUGGGCGGUGGCACGCUUCAGCCCCACAUCUUCAUCCCAGCCGAGUUCGAGGACAACGAGCGACAGAGCUGCGGCGUGGGUAUCCUGGCGCCCAUCGAUCUGAGCCCUUGGCUGGAGCAAGAUCCCUUCCACAAUCAACAGGUGCCAGAGCAGGUGUUCAACAUGGCUCAACCGGAACUGGGCUCAGUGCAGGUCCUCAAGGAGGACAAGGCGGGCUUCUCCAACCGAGUGAGACCGACCAAGCCUCAGGUGGAGCUCAACGCCAACUCAGCCACUGGUUUCCAUCGACCCACCAAUGGGAGUCCCUCCAAAGUUAGCGACAAACUUGACCUCAAACGCAAGACAGUGACGACAACCAACAAGAACAGUGACAGUAACAACCGACAGACCACUCGCAAACCCGUGACUGGUGUCAACAACAAACUCGACAAGUCCCCAAAGAUCACCAUAAACCUAAAGAGCGUGAAUGUGCGCAGGCCAGGGGGAUCAGGACAGAAUUCCAAGAGACGUGUGGUCAUUAACAAUGUGCCCGUGGAGCUACGGAGCUCAGGGGGUAAUGCUAGUGAUGCAGCGACUGGGACAGGAACUUUGACUGAUGGGGACGAGGACGAAGAGAAUGAGUUUGAGGAGGACGACGUACAGGACAUGGAGGAAGUGCCAGAGUUGAGGACUAGCCAGGAGACAACACAGACUGACCUAAACAAAACUGACGCAAUUAAAAAAACAACUAAAGAGGAACAACCUCUUGUACAGAGUACAGAAAACCCCAAGACCGAGAGACGCGACUCCAGGAAACUGGAUCCCCAACAGGAGACCAAGAUCCUUGACAAAUCACUGGACUCACGACUAUUACACCUCCAACGCAAUCGUACCAGCACUUUUUCGGAUUCCCAGACCAGCUCCACAGCCAGUUUGGGACGAUCCACGCGGCAAACCAAGGCGCCCAAGACCAACAAGCCCACUAAGCGGGGCGUCGAACUGAGACAGUACCAGAACAGACCGCUGUACGAGAGACCCCAGAAGGUGGUGGUCAACGGACCGAACGCCGACCAGUACGAGAUCGAGAUCAACAUACGACAGACAAACAAGAGUCCCGUCUCGCGACCCUCGAUGACCGACUAUGCGGAGUACACGACUGCCCACAAACCGUACUACGAAUCGAACUACGCACCGCACUACGUGGACUAUGCGAGCACGACACCCGUUCCCUUGCCAAGCUACGGGUACCACCAGCCCCUGGCGGAGAUUAGCACUCAGGGACAGAGAACAAAGCCACCGACUAUUAUCUAUCUGAACGACAACGACGACAGACGGACUACGACCCGAGCACCGAACAUCUUCCAGAACUUUUUGACCUUUGCCACGAACAGUUUUAAUCCCCUGGGGAACCGACGACCGAUGCCUACAACUCCUUCGCCCAUCUCCCAGAGCCACAAGGAGCAGAGGCCCAUUUUUGAAAACAAUGUUGUACACAGUCCCAUUAGCAUUGGUGGGAACUCACACACACUGACCGGUUAUCCCUCCUACUCCCCACGUCCGACUUCAGUGCACUCCUAUCCGGUGUCCACCAGCUCCCAGAUAGGAGCUAAUCCUGGUUCCGGGUUUCUGCACGCCUCUAGCAGCGCCGUGAGCGCUGGCCACUUUGGCAGCAUCUCCGGAGUGGCCAGUGCCAAUGGUGCUGACAGCACCUUUAGCUUCAAUAUACGACCGCGACCUAGUCAGGAGCUGGGUCCGGCAGUGAGCUCUUAUCCGCGACCGCAGCAGAGUCAGGGGGGAGGAUCCUACGGCCUGGUUGGGCCACCUUCCUACAGACCAGACUAUCCGCCAGCCCAGAGCGAACUAUACUACGACAGGGAACUAAGUACUGACAGAAACACCAGUCCGUUCUCCGGCUCCAGCUCGAGUUCGGUGUACAGGCCACAGAUACAACAGCAGACUUUCUACGGACGGACACCGGAACUCAAGGAGGCGGGCAACGCCAGCAACGAACUGACCCAGACAGAGCAUAAACUCUACCUACAGGACUAUGACUAUGUGAGCAGGACUCUGUCCAACCUGACAAAGGACGAAAGCACUUUGACUCCAGACGAUGAUGACUACGUUUACGACGAAGACAUGCCUAGCAACGACCUGGACAAGACAGAGACCCGUAAGGAGUCGGACCCAACGGACAUGUCCACCAAAAAGUUUGACAAAGACGGCUACAUGAGACCCCAACUGAUGCGCGACUCGACGACCCACAACUCGACUGGAACGAACGUGACCUCCCUGGACGACAACUACGUAAUGCCCAUGCUGGCGAACAAGACGCAGACGAGCUACGUGACCGAGGUGCCCAAGCCCAUGCUGUCCACCUCCAGCCGGACUGUGACGAACAGCAAGGUAACCGUCUUCCCCGACAGCCUGGGCAAGCAGCUGGGCAACGACAUACUGGCGGACGAGGCGGAAGACUAUGACGAACGGAACUCGGAGGCGCGCCAGAAGGCCCAGAAGCUCAAGCAACUGGCCAGUGUGGCAUUCGCACCGAUAACAGUACUGACCAAGCCGGACAGACCCGACAACUGGGUGAUCUACAAUAAGGCCAGUGAGGAGCCACCGCUGCCGCAGCCGCCUCUGAUCAAAUCAAAUGAUGUGGCACCCACCGGCGAGGUACCUACUCCUAUCAAGAACUUUAAUAAUGCCUGGCGGAAGCAGGAUCUGAAGGCGGCUCAGCCGGAGACGUCAGCCAAGCUAGAGGAUGUGUCAAUACCAACAACAACCACUGUGGCAGCAGCGGAGAGUAACUAGAAAUGCCAAAUUAGAUAACUUAUUUAUUUUAUUUAUAUAGUAAAAUCACGAAUUAAAGUCCAACUAUCAAUCAUUACCCCAACUGUGGUUUUUA